AUGAUUAGAGGGAGGCCGCUUUUUGUCUCUUCAUGGGAUCCCUCAAAGGGACUUCAUAAACCCGAGCAUACCUCGUGUCCGUUAUGGAUUAAGUUCUUUAACAUUCCUCUUGUUGCGUUCAAUAGAGAGGGUAUUAGCCGUAUUGCAAGUGCAGUUGGUAUCCCUUUGCGUUUGGAUGCUUGUACAGCUAGCACUUGUGAUAAAGCUUGGGGACGUACUAAUUUUGCUAAAGUCUUGGUGGAUGUUUGGGCCGUGGGUGAGAUCCAGAGGCAAAUUGAAGUUGUUAUUCCGAGGCUUUCGGGUAAUGGUGAGGACAUAAUAAAGGUGGUUUUGGAGUAUGAUUGGGUGCCAUCCCAAUGUUCAAAGUGCAAAGUUUUUGGACAUCAACCUAGAAGACGACAUUGGAAGCCGAAGAAUAAUUUAGGACCUCGUAAUGGCGAUCAGGCAACUACUUCAGGUGCAGCUUCUAAAACUCAUUUGAUAGUUGGUGUUGGUACUAUAAAGCAGGUUACUGAGGUAUCGCAUGUCUCGGGAGUAUCUAAAAAGGAAAAGGAAGUUGUUAAGCCUGCAGCUUCUACAGGCUUAGUUGGGGAAAGUGUGGAACAUGUGGAAGGUCAGUAUUGUACGGUGGAUGCUGGGAGAACGCCAAAAGGCAGAGACGAUCAUUCGAACGUCACAAUUCUUUCAAAGGGGGGUCCGGAUCUUGUCCAAGCGGUGGUCCAUGCUUUUAAACCGAGACAAGGCGCUAUAUCAUCCACGUCUAUUAGUAAUCGGUUUUCCUCCUUACAAUCUGAUGACUCUAGUGAUGAUGAUGAUAUAGAGAUAAUUGAUACUGAGGGGCAUUCUAUGGAACAAAGUAGGGGGAGAUACUCAUUACAAACUCUCAAUGAUAAAGUUCGCUGCUUGGAAUAUUAG